UCUGUCUCUUUUUUGUAUAUUAUAAGAUCAAUAAAAACCGGACAUAAAUUCACUUUAUAUUGAAAUUAUUACCACCUUAUAAAACAAUGUGACACAAGAUUUUGUAAGUGUUGCGAACAAUGGAAUGCCAGCAACACACAAAGAUGACACCAAUCACAAAAAUUUGUAUAGUAAAACAGAUAUUUUCCUUGUGAACUUCGUAUCAUCUGGGUUAGCAGCUGCCUUAUCAAAAACCGCUACAGCACCUUUAGAAAGGGUCAAACUCAUCCUGCAGACAGGUGCGCUAAAAUCAGAAAAUCCUGCCUUGAAGAAACAUGGCUUAUACCAAACAGUCAGAUACUUAGUAAUUAAGCAGGGAUUCUUAGCCCUAUGGCGCGGAAACACGCUGACAGUUGCCAAAGCUGUUCCAUCUCAGGCCUUGCUGUUUAGCUUCCAGGACUUCUAUCGCCAUAUUAUUUUUUCAAAUGAGCCCGGAUUGUCAAAACAAAAAAGUACAAUGUACAGCCUGUUUGCGGGUGGCUUGGCAUCAGGAACAGUCAUCGGAAUAACGUAUCCUUUCUAUUUUUGUCAAAAUAUCGUAUCGUCCCACGUUGGAAAAAUAGAAUCUGCGAGAUUUUCAAAUAUUAAAGGAUGUAUUUCAGAGACUAAGUCGAAUGUUGGACACAUUGGGCUGUAUAGAGGAUUUUGUGUGACAUCUAUAGCUGUAAUACUGAAUAGGGCCUUGUAUUUUGGAAUGUACGAGUUUCUCAAACAAUCAUCUGUUAAAGAUGGAAAUUCUAGUAUGUCAAGAUGGAUUUCAGCACAGAUAGCCAGUCUGGUAGCGACUUCUGUUUCGUACCCCAUAGAGACUGUAGGCCGUUUAAUGAUUAUGGGCGUUUUUCAACAACCACGUAUGAAAAAGUCAGUGUGGAACCAUUUCAAGGACACUUACCAAAAAGAAGGUCUUAAGUCCUUCUUUGGUGGAUUUUACGUAAACAUGCUUCGGUCUGUCAGUGGUGCAAUCGUGCUAGUGGUUCAUGAAGAUUUGUUCAGUUUCAUAAUCGAUAUGCUAAAUGAGGCAACAUAGACCAAUAGGUCUUUUUUAUAUAUGCAUUUCCACAUGUUGGAAAACAAUACUGAUUUAAUAAAACUAUUGUAAUUAAAAAUUAUAA